GUCGUUCCUAAGGCAUAUCUGCGCCCUCGUUGGUGACGACGCUACAAGUUCGAUAGUGGCCCGCCAUUUAGAUAUCUCGGUUCCUCGGGAACUAGUAGAAGCGAACUGUUUCGUCAUAGCUACAAAGCCUCCGGAACCUCAUGCUCUCGCUUGCUUAGAGUCAUCGCAUCUUCCUACUGACCUUGAAACGUUUUCCGUUUCUACCUGCUGGCCAUUGCAGACGCUCUCAUUGGCGCCGAGGAGUGCCAGGAAUUUAUUGCGAUCAAUAGGUGGAUUCUUUUUCGUGUUCUGGAAAAAAUGCGGGGAUUGAUGACGAUUUGAGAGGUUCUCGCGGUGUCUUGUGCUCGCCAUUUUAUUUCACAGAAGCUUCGAGUCUUUAUGGUCCAACUGUGAUCCCAUGAUGUGAGGACAAACUGUGAUUCCGUUUCAGUGUCAGGUUGAUGUUUUGCGGUCUCGCGUGAUUGCUUCAAUGCCCUCCAAUCAAAAGUUACGAACUCGGCCCGAUUUGAAGCGACCCGAGCUGGAGAUAGAUGAAAUGGAGCUCUCCUCAUCUGAUGAUGAUGUACUGCUCUCAUCUCUACCUGUUGGUGCUCUACUAUAAUAUCCUCUCCUCGAUAUGAAUCUGAUUGUCGAUAUGCCUGCUCUCAUCGCUUCCUACAUAUUAUCAAAUUAACAUGUUUGUGUUCCAUCUUUUCUUUCCUAUCUUUUCAUUUAUACUAGAGUAAGACAUUCUUAAUUUUAGCCCAGACAAUCCAUCGCGAUUAUUAUACCGUGCGUCUUGUCUCUGAGUCUACUUGAGGAAUGUUUUGCUGGAUAUUUGUGGACUAUGAACGUCAUUUUUCAUCAGCAAAUCUUUCUUCUGUCUGCAUUGAGACAAUGCCCUAGUCCAUGCUGCUUCAUGAUGAUAUUCAGGGAGAGGCAAAGACGACAGGAUUUACUAGUUCUUCCAACUUGAUAGCAAUGUCAUCCGUAAGAAAAGCCUCCUAUGCGAAUAAAUUACAACAUCUCAAUGGGUUGAGCACUUCAUACCCGCCCGGAGACUUUUUGAAAUUACCUCUUGAAGAAAACUCAGGCGUAACUUCUCACACGCAAGGGCAGUGUCCCCAACCAGAUGCGUAUAAAGCAAGCCGAGAGGAUGCAGCGGAGAUUUUCGAAGGGGAAUCUUUCGUGUCACAGGCUCUUGCUCAUGGUUCUGUGGAAAAACUAUCUGCAGCAGCACCAGUUUUCAGAUCAUCACCCAAUGGUUCUAGCGCUAAGCUACCACUCUCACAUGCAAAGGAAGGUGCGAGACCUGUAGAUGUAUCGAUCGAUUCGAACAGAAUCACCGGAAUGUCCUUUAUUUCCUCACGGAAGUCGUUUUCGCCUCCCUUUGCUUCCUCGGGCAGGCCUUUUUCACCCUUAUUAGGUUCACGGUUACAACCAAUCCCUUUAUCUGAGGAUUGUAUGCAAACGAAUGAUUUUCAGGCAGCUCUCUAUCUUUCUAGGACUGCUGAUCACAACGAAAAGCUCAUAAUAAAUAUUGACGAUAGCGACAGUGAAGAGGAGCGACCGAUAGCGAAGCCCGUGCAAAUACUAUCCAGAGGUGGUGUUGACCAAGUGAAAGCUGCUGGCGGGAGGCCUACCUCUGGCACCCAUACCCUUGCAUGUGCGGAUUCAGAUGUCAAGCGCAGAGUGAAACAAACAAACGGUGUGAGAUUUACUAAUACUACUUUGAACACCAAAACAGGACCCAUAAUGCGACCUGCAUUGAUUUCAAAGCUUCCUCCACCUCGAACAGAAACAAAAAUAGAGACCUUGCGUCAAUUGGAUGCAGCUAAGGAGAACAAGUUCCUACAACGUAACCGCGUCAGCCGGUUGUCAGAACCCCGAAGUAAAGCUUCUCCUGGAGUUUUGGAACAAGGUUCAAAUGAGGGAACACAAAGAAUUUCUAAAGCAUCGGGUAUCAACGUAGCUGUGAACAGAUCAAGUAGGACUUUGAAGAGAAAACUCAGGCCAGCAAAUGCAGCAUUUAUUGACCUUGUAUUUGGCAGCUUUCAAUCAAUUGAUGCAGAGCUGACAGAGUGUGGUGCAAGAAAUGUAUGUGACGCAGAUUUGACUCCAAAAUCAUCUGAUUUUCAGAGCUCAACUGGAAUACCAGAUGAGAUUGCUAUGAAUCAACAGGCAGAUUACUCUGUUAAGACGGAAAAAAAUUCUGAGACAUGCAGUUUUGGGAUCAGUAAAGAAAGUAAAAAUAUUGUUUCAUGCGGAGAUUUUUCAUUCAGUAAAGCAUCCACGGCUGCAGAAUCCUCACGAACUACAGUAUGUGGUGGCACAGUGGCUGCCCCGUCUGUGGAGCCUCCGCUAUUUGGGAUUAAGGUGGUGGAGUUUGGUACCAAGAACACUUCAGGUAUUCAGGAGAUAGAAUCUGGUGUCACUGAAUCCAGAAACGUAGAGAAAAUUCAAAUUUCGUUUCAAAAUUUAACUGCAGAAAAAGUUGUUUAUAACAAUUUUGCCAAUGUUCCGACAGUGGGCACUCCUACACUACCUGGUAGAAGUUGUGCCGCAAUUUCUUCAGGAAUCUUAAGUGAGUUGCAUCUGGAGUCAACACAGCUGCGUCAGACAAGAAGUUCGAGUUUGAAAAGACGUGUACCUACAUGUGACGAGUCCACAGAACAGAAAAAGGAACACUCAUGGGAUCAGAGCUCCGACACUCUGUUAUCGAUUCUUGCGCGGCCGGGUCCAGAUUCCCUCUCCAGAGUGGCAAAUCAUAUUGUUGCUGAUGACGAUAAAAUGCUGUUGAAGAGGCGAAGAAUUGAUGAGCACGUGCGACGUGCUCGUGACACUGAACAUGCAGCUGCCAAUUCGCUCUCCUUCUCGUUCCUGUCGAAACAAAGGUCGAGGCCACAGUCAUGUUCACCAGGUCCUCCAUCAACAGGCCACGUAAAACAUAGGAGAGAUGAAAGCAGAAGCUUUUGCCAAACGAAUGCCCCUGUCUCAGUAUCAUAUAUACAUGUGCAUGGUCAGCAUUACCAGCAUGCACAGAAGCACUGUGCCCAAGACGGAGUUGUUUCAUCAGGAAUUCUCAAAGUUAUGUUUAAUGGGGGAAAGAAUAUAUUGCCACCUUCAUUUGCUACAAGCCUUGUAGUACAGAUCGUAGUACCUGACGAACCAUCUUUGCAGAGCAAUCAGGCGUUAGCUCCUUCUUCCGAAGACCCAGGAGAUUGUGAUCCUUGGUCUUGUUGGCAUCAGCAUGGAUCUGGCAAAAGUCAUUUGAAUCAUUUGAGGAUACAGAGUAGUGUUACAGGAGGAAGUGCGAGUAAUUUUUUGGAUAAAUUACGAGAGGAAGCGAACCGUGUGGACAAGGAUCUAGAAGAGGCAAAGGCCAAUAGAGGAGAUUGUGUAACCCAGGAGCGAGAAUUGUGCAAAGCUUAUCAUGACGCCCAAACUGCACUUCGUGCAGCUACUGCCCGCUGUGAAACACUUUUUCAAAGUCGAAAAUUUCUUAGAGUCCUGGUUCAAAUCGCAGAACUAAUACUUUUUCAACAAGCUUCUUACUCAAUGUAUGACAACCGAUUAGUUCCUCAUGACAAGGGUACAGUUCCAAGAAUUUUGGAGCUUUCUUCUCUAUCGUACACGACGAUGGUGAGGAAUAGCUCGACACCAUUAACAGGACAGAAGUUAGAUUGUCAUGUAGGCAUUUCCGGUAAUGUUACAUCUGCAGCUCAAGGGACUUGGAUUCGAUCUUCUGCUCAAGUUAAUAAGAAGACGUUUGAGAGGUCCUCAAGCAAAGCGGACACAGAAAUUUUGGAGGGUAAACUUGACAAAGCAAUUUAUCAUGUUAUCCAGUUGUCAGGGUUCCAGGAUGCUUGGCACAAUUGUGUGAAAUCUCAGACUUGGAGCCGUAUGUUGUAUCCUCGUAAACCGUUUUGCUUGUUUGAACAUUGGAGAAAACGCAUCGAUGUAGCCCACAGCACAUUGGACCAAGCCCUUUUCUUUGCACAGCUCAGGACGUACUCGAAUUUUGCUCCGGAGGUUGAAGAGCAGAAGCUGUCUUCAGAAGAAUUCAGCAUUUCACUUGAAGAAAACGGCAGCGGGGCAUCGAAAAAUGUUGGGACAAUUAUUGGCAAUAAGUCAUUAGUUCCUAGAACUUUCCCUUGGAACAGAAGACCACCAGCACCUUCGCAUAAGAUUAGAGCAUAUACCACCAAUCAUGAAGAGGGCUUAACUUCCAGAGUUUGGUGUUGUCUUGGUCGCCAAUACAAAUUUAAUCCUUUCAAAUCUUCUGAUCUUGUAUCUGCCACACGGAGGCUAUUACACUCAGAUAUGCCAUAUUUGCAUGCAAUAUUUUCCAACUUCGGCAGUCAAAUGACUCUUGUGGAUGCAAGUGGUUGGUGCGAUUCUAGAGAUAAACUAAGAGCUACCUUUGAGGAACAUGUCGACAGAAAGCUAGGAAACACCAAAGGAUGGUUGGGGUUUCCUCUAACACCCAUUCACUUCGAUCUGAAUCGCACAUGUACUGACGUGUGUAACGAAAUUGAGAACAGUAGAGGUUCUUGUGAGUUCCUGCUUCUAUACAUCAACAACAAGCAGAUACUACUGGAGUGCUUGAAUGCUUGUGGCGUAUCAGUUCAGGCUCUCGUUAAUGAUGGGGAAGAGAGCCAAUAGCAGAACACUUGUGUUAAAAGUUGUUCAGGUGCUGGACUGUAUAUGUGUUGCAAAGGUUUAUUAAUAAUUCAUCUGAAGCUGCCUUACGAUUACGUUGGGAAAUUUUGGAGCUGCACCCUAACUGCAUUGAGCUUGUCCUUUUUCGUGGUAUGUUUGGAGAAGGGGCAAAGAUGGAUAAAUGUGCUUAAGCAUGCGUUGAAGAAUUCCUCAGAAAAUGAGCCCCACCAACAGAUUUAGUGGUAUAUACUGAGGGCAGUAUUGUAGCAUUGAAUAUCCUCUGUCUGUGCGCAACUGCUGCCAGCCAAAGCCCCUCACCAAUGGAAAGGAUUUAGUUACUUUUAACCAGAUGAGUGCUCCUAGGAAAGGUUUGCAGCCGAGCCUCAGGAGGAUUGAAAGAGCUGAUGGCAGCUGUAUUUUGAUUGGUGAGAAGGUGGUGUUUGACGAAUUGAAAAGAAAGUUUCCAUCAAACUGGCCACGAAGGGAUGCAGAAAAUGGGCAAUUGGAUACAAGCUGCAAGCAAAAUUUCAUCUUGCAGUUGGUUAAGCGUAAAGUUCCUCGACAUGUUCAUGUUUCAAAUACAGUUUACCAUUCAACAGGGGUAUUUAGGGCGGGGGGGAAGGGUAGAGGUUUUGAAUCCGAAUGUUAAAGAAAAGAGAAAAAUAUCGUCAUA